AUAAUACUUGUCUUUUACAAGUUAGGAGGAUUGGAUCCAGUCCGUUCCUUCCUUCGCCCAGCCAGCGCAGUCAACCAAACACACACACCGGGACCAACCAACCAAGGGAAAAUAAACGACCGAACGCAAUCUUUCUCAAACUCUCCAGUCUCAUUUUCUUUCGCUCUGAUUUCCGUGUCCUUCUGUCUCGUACCUUUUCUUUUCCCUAAACUUUCUUCCCACAUUCCUGCCUGCACUACACUUCCAUCCUUUCACCACGUUGCCCUUCGACGUUUUCCCCGUUGCCGUCGCGUGGGUUCCUCCCCUACCUACCUUAUUCAACCUCCGUUUGAGCCUCUCGAUCCCUCCGUUUGUCACAUGCCCGGGUUCCCCCGUCCAUCCCUCCAAGUUCGUCCCAUGCGUCCGCUCCGGUUAUGACAUACGGACGGCCGCAUAGGGUCCCCCAGCAACAACCACUUCGAGAAAUUUACUUUGAAGCCUGCCUAGCACGCUUCAGAGAGCACAAGCACAGGCACACAGGCACACAAGCCACACCCAAAAGGUCGCCGGACUACAGCGAAAGCACCCGCCAAGCAGAGCUCCGGACCUUCGGUUCGAUCGACGGGGAUUCGAGGUCCACGCUGCCUCGUACGCAGUGGACAGUGGAGUUCCACAACGCGUACCUGACGUCUCUCACCAUCCCAAAUAGGGUCGUCCCCGGCACCCCGUUCGCUCCAAGGGGAGGGAGCCAAGGCCUACUCUACGGGAAACGUAAGCUACAAAACCUGUUCGGACGGUGUGGCCGUGCCGCCCGCGUGCCCGCGCCCGCCGUCCGUCAUUCACUUCGCUCCAGCUCCAGCUCCAGUCCCCUGAUCCCCCAGUCGGGAUAUUUUACCCCCCAAAGGGCCCAAAGGGGGCGCUCCUACGCCCAUUUAUCAUUGGGGCGCGCGCCGCACCGCACCGCCAAAAUCCGACUACCCCUCGAUCUCAUUGUUGUGCGCCGUCGCCGCCAAGCAACACUCUCCUGAUCCCCCCAACAAUUCCCUCGAAAAGGACACUUUCGAGGGAAUCGGAGGGCUCGCCGAAUCAUGAGCAGCCCUACCGUCGGGUCCCUUCUGGCUGCCAUUGCGAUACUCGUCAGCGAUGGCCUGCGUAUCUUGAAGUUCGCCGAUAAGCGCCAAUGGGGACCUGACGAGCACGAGCAAUUGCGCCUGCUGGAGGAUACCCUCGACGACGCCAAGAAAGACUUUCAGGAGCUAUCUGUCCUUGUCAACGGACAGCGCUAUUACAUGAACGACCGCAAACCUCCGUCGAUAGCCGAGUUGCGAGCUUUACAGUCAAAGGUUGAGCAUCAUAUCGACAACUUUCAAGAUUGGGCGAGAACAGGCGGACCGAUCAAUCCGGUAUGGGCACGAGAAACGACGCAACUGCGCCGCGAACUGCAUCGCGCACAAUGCCGAGCGGCUAGGAGGAUAUUCGCGGCUGAGCAAGAGGCCUCGGCAAGAUGCCUGGGCGCCUUUCUCGUCUACAGAAAACAGCGGGAAUGGCAGAGUCGGCCAGCUACUUCGGAGGAGGAACACCAUCGACGACACGUGGAAGAGGUAGUAGCAUGCAACACGAGUGGCAAGUUUGAGCGGUUUGGCGACGGAGGCAUCGCAUUCGUUUGCGACUUUUGCGACGGCCAUCUUGUAUGGGAGGACCUGGAGAGCAUGCCAUCAUUACGGACAGCUGAAGAAUCCAGCACGCGCCCAGUACCGCCUAUUUCGCCCACGACCGGGAUGCCAAAUUGGCAGGCAACCGGGUUCACAGCCGAUAAACGAAGAGAGGAGAAGACGGUCAUAUUUGCGCCUCUGGCUAUAGCGAAUCAUAUGGCGCCAUAUCAGGGAGACUGGGUAGCUCGACUCCUGUGUCCCUUUUGCGAUGAGGCGCCAUACACCGAGGCAGGCGGUGAUAGCGACGACGAAAUGCGGAAUGCCCAGGACGAAUCCGGCUUCGAAGAUCUACAGGCCUUCCAGGAGCACCUAGAGUGGCAACACACAGCUGCAUCGAUACCCGCAGUCCCCUUGCCCAAGGCAGCCAAGGACUGCGUGGUGAUGUGACAUCAUUAAUUCGACAACGAUGUUUAUUGGUGGCGUAAAAAUGGCGGUUCGUUCGUGUACAUAUAUUCACGUUGUGUGGUCUUGACAAUGGCGAGGCGUUGGGGGCUUCCAAAGAGGGCGGACGAUAUCUCAUCCGCACCUACGACUUAUGGAAUUAUCAUUUACUUUAUUCGAUGGCAGAAGGCUUUCCACCCCCUCAAGUGUUGGGGAUGGCCCUCACGACCGGUCUGGACAGACCCAUGCAGCAACAGAGAUACCAUGGUCAGGUAGUGCUGGAUCAUAAUCCACAUUCAAGACGCAAAAACCAAUUCUUGUUUUGUUG